AUGAGGCUGAGCCUGUGUCUUCUCCUGAUCAUUCUGGCUAUGUGUUGCUAUGAAGCUAAUGCUGGCAGGGUCUACAAAGCCAUUGUACAUGAAAAGAUGAUCUUCAUACUAAGGAGUGAGGACCAAGAGAGGAAAGAACUUAUGAAAUAUAAUCCACCUCCAGAGGCUGUUGAAGCAAAACUAAAAGUGAAGAAAUGUGUAGACCAGAUAAGCUACAGAGACAGAAAGCUAGUAUCAGAAGCACUAGUAUGA